AUGUGGGCGAUGUACGAGCGGUGGUGCGUCUUCCACGGCGUGAAGCGCGACCACCAGGACAUGCUCCGGCGCUUCUCUCUUUUCAAGGACAGGGCGCGCAGCAUCCACGAGUUCAACAAGUCUGGCAAGCCUUGGACCCAGGGACUCAACAGAUUUGGUGAUCAGACGCCAGAGGAGCGCUCCAGAUUGUACCCUCCGCGUUUCUGUCCAAGACCUCUAGCUGAUCAGUAA